UGCCGUUCUACUUCCGGUGUAUGUCGGGCUAGUAGCGGAGCAUCGAUCGUUACACAGCGGGUUUGACUCGCAUUGUUAUUAAUCUCAAUAAUCCUCUAUUAUGGCGACUUUCUUCGGCGAGGUGUUGUCGGUGUACUCGAGAGCUGUCGAGGAGGAUGAGUAUGAUGAUAUGACGAGGGAAAACGAGGAAGAUGAACAGAUCCGACGGGAAAUAGAGGAGAAGAGGCGUGUCGAUGUGCACUGGCUCUCACACACAGACAGCGGGUCCCUGUCGUGUACGGAUCUGAUCAUCGCUGUGGGUCCAAACGCCACUGGCUUCGUCUCGGCGUACGUGCUGAGCUCUGGAGGCUGGCGGCCCGUGGCCCGGGUCUCCCUGUGGAACGAGCGGAGCCGAACUGACGGAGAGCCAUCAUGUGUCCUGUACCAGCAGAAGCAGGUGCUGAUAUGCCAGUGCUCCUGUUACGUCGCUGAAGACCAGCUGUUCCAGUGGACGGAGAAGGUGUUCGGCUGUGUUCAGGCCCGAGGGCUGAGUGUGACGCUGCUCUCCGACUGCACUGUGGCCGAGUAUAAAUCUUCAGACUACCUGAGUGGGAGCAGCACACCGUUCCUGCGCUGCCUGAAGACCAGCACACACACCAGUGCCGUCGCCUGUCCACCGCUGGAGCCGCCCAACAUCAGCUGUGGCCUGGCAGCUGCAGUGCUAACCCACUGUGAGGUGCAGCGGAUCCCGGCCGUUCUCUAUCAGCUCUACAGUGACGUCCCUCAGCCAGACUCCCUCAGCAUGGAGGCGUACCGAGAGACAGUGAGCGCAGUGCUGAAGCUGGGUCAGAGUCCCGGAGCUGAAGUUCUGCAGAAGAUCACAGGAGUGUGUGCGGUUCAGAGUAACCUCUACACAUGAGCACACACACACACACACACACACACACACACACACUCACACACUCACACACACUCACACACUCACACA